AUGCCAAUAUUUCCGUUUUUUCAACCAAGACCUCCGAAAAUUGUGGAUUUCGGCAAUUUUCACAAGGAAUUCGAGAAGCAGCUGAAGAAAAAAUCGUAUCUUGUUCAAGAAAUCAAUGUGAGACAUGUGAAAGAUUUUGAUGUGAGUUGGCAUAUUUUUGAGCUUUUGAGUAACCUAAAACAUCCAAUUUUUUAGGGCAACUUCUACCUAAUCGAAAUUCAUCCCAAAAUCCAACAAAACCAUAAUGAACCUUAUUGCCAAUUCAUAGCGAAAAUCAAGGAAGAUUUGGAGAACCCGGGAAAAUCGACACUUUUUCGAAGGGCCGAAAUAUCCGAAAACCCUAUGAAACCCAACAAGACUAUGCAGCAUUCGAUAAUUAAUGUGGAUUACAAUUAUCAUUAUAAUUGUGCACGAUGGUUGUGUAGCAUUUUGGGGGAACCUGAGUUCAGAAUCGAUAAAUUGGAAGUAAUGUUUGUGAGUUUGAGAGGGGAAUUUUGACAUCAUGACGUGUAAAUUUGCAGCCGCCACGUUGCGAUAUAUUGGAUGUAUUCGAAUUGAGAAACUUCGUGGAACGCCUCGAAAUAUACGUGGACAAGGAAGAACAAGACCCACUUUUACUUAUUGGAUGGCUUGAUAAAUUUGACAAAGAAAGAUUGAACUAUGUGAAAAUCACAUCGGAAAAUGUGCGAAUCGAGGUGAAGAUGAGCGAAUUCGUAAGUUAUCAGUUCAUCCAACAAAAAAUCCGGCUUCUUUCUAGCUGCAAAAUAUUCACACAUUGGAAAUUUACGGGAAAAACGAUGUGGAUUUGCAGUGGAUUUAUACGUCAAAAACAUUGAAGUUUGUUCAGAACUUGAGCGAUAAUUUGGUUUUGACGGAUGAAGAAAUUAAGAGCAUUUGUGAGGUUAGUAAGCUCUUCCGAACAUUCCAGAAUCACAGCGAAAAAAAAUUAUUUUUUCUGUUUCCGUGUGGUACGGUGCGCAAAACAGAAAGUGUUUGCACACACAAAGGAAAAAAAUAAAAAAACAAAAGGGGAGAACACACAAAAACCGUGCGCACAUGCAAUAAUAUUGCAGAAAGACGCUGCCAGGGGUUGCACGUGGAAAACUCCGCCUAUUUUUUUUUUGAAUUUCCGCAACGAAUUUUUAGUGAACAAAAAAAUAAUUUUUUUUCGCUGUGAUAGAAUCCAAAAAAAACUUUUUUUCCCACCAAAAAUCAAAAUUUUCAGCAUUUGAUGGAUCAAAGCAGCUCGAAUAAAAUGCUAUUUUUCGACCAAGGAACCAUUGAAAGAGGCAAAGAAUUGAAAAAAUGGCUGAGAGAAAAAUAUUCGGAUCAUUUGGUAGGAGUCGAUCAUUUUCAAAGAAAAAUCGAUGGCGGUAAAAUGUUCUUUUUUGAUAUGAAAAAUCGAUAUUUGAAAUUUGAAAUUACUAAGGAAAAUGCAAGAUUUUCUGAACGUCAACCGGUAUUUCCUAUUUAA